AUUUUAAUAGUCAACGAUUAUUGAUCUGUUCGCUGUUUUGCAGGGGAGAAGGUGAGACGCAGAGUGUUUAAACAGUUUGCCCAAAUUGGCACAGCUAGGAAAUCACAGAGCUUGAAUUCCAAUCCUGGCAAUCUGAACCACGGAAGCCAGGUGAGAGCGAGAAAGGAGGAAAAGCGCCCCAUCCGGGGAGUGGUCAGUCCCAACUUUCAAAACGCCGCCGCCGGCCCGCCAAGGCGUCACAAAGCCCGCCCCGCAGCCGCCAAGCCACGCCCCCUUCCGUGGCGGAUCUCCCGGCUCCCAAUACUUCCCUCCUUCUCCUAGGCCCCGCCCACUCCGCCAAGCAUCAUUUCCUGUGCGCUGGCUGCUAAUUGGCCUAGAGGUCGGAAGUGAGGGCGGGCGGUGGGGCCGUUGCCGCAGUGACAGUGCUGGGGGAGUCCGAAGAUGGCGGCGUCGCGUCGCUCUCAGCAUCAUCACCACCAUCAUCAACAACAGCUCCAGCCCGCCCCAGGGGCUUCGGCGCCGCCGCCACCACCUCCCCCCCCACUCAGCCCCGGCCUGGCCCCGGGGACCACCCCAGCCUCCCCAACGGCGGGUGGCCUGGCCCCCUUCGCCUCCCCGCGGCACGGCCUAGCGCUGCCGGAGGGGGAUGGCAGUCGGGAUCCGCCCGACAGGCCUCGAUCCCCGGACCCGGUUGACAGUACCAGCUGUUGCAGUACCACCAGCACAAUCUGUACCGUCGCCGCCGCUCCCGUGGCCCCGGCGGUGUCCGCUUCAUCUGCCGUGGGGGUCGCUCCCAACCCAGCCGGCGGUGGCAGUAACAAUUCACCGUCGUCCUCUUCUUCCCCGACUUCUUCCUCCUCUUCCUCUCCAUCCUCCCCCGGAUCGAGCUUGGCGGAGAGCCCCGAGGCGGCAGGAGUUAGCACCACAGCAACACUGGGGCCUGGGGCAGCGGGCCCUGGGCCAGGGGUCCCAGCCGUGAGCGGGGCCCUACGGGAACUGUUGGAGGCCUGUCGCAAUGGGGACGUGUCCCGGGUAAAGAGGCUGGUGGACGCGGCAAACGUGAAUGCCAAGGACAUGGCCGGCCGGAAGUCUUCUCCCCUGCACUUCGCUGCAGGGUUUGGAAGGAAGGAUGUUGUAGAACACUUACUACAGAUGGGUGCUAAUGUCCAUGCUCGUGAUGAUGGAGGUCUCAUCCCACUUCAUAAUGCCUGUUCUUUUGGCCAUGCUGAGGUUGUGAGUCUGUUACUGUGUCAAGGAGCUGAUCCAAAUGCCCGGGAUAACUGGAACUAUACCCCUCUGCAUGAAGCUGCUAUUAAAGGGAAAAUCGAUGUAUGUAUUGUGCUGCUGCAGCACGGAGCUGAUCCAAACAUCCGGAACACUGAUGGGAAAUCAGCCCUGGACCUGGCCGAUUCUUCAGCAAAAGCUGUCCUUACAGGUGAAUACAAGAAAGACGAACUCCUAGAAGCUGCUAGGAGUGGUAAUGAAGAAAAACUAAUGGCUUUACUGACUCCUCUAAAUGUGAAUUGCCAUGCAAGUGAUGGGCGAAAGUCUACGCCUCUACAUCUAGCAGCAGGCUACAACAGAGUUCGGAUAGUGCAGCUUCUUCUCCAGCACGGUGCUGACGUUCACGCGAAAGACAAAGGUGGACUCGUGCCUCUUCAUAAUGCAUGUUCAUAUGGACAUUAUGAAGUCACAGAACUGCUAUUAAAGCAUGGAGCUUGUGUUAAUGCUAUGGAUCUCUGGCAGUUUACUCCACUCCAUGAGGCUGCUUCUAAGAAUCGUGUGGAAGUCUGCUCUUUGUUACUUAGCCAUGGUGCUGAUCCUACGUUAGUCAAUUGCCAUGGCAAAAGUGCUGUAGAUAUGGCUCCAACUCCUGAGCUCCGAGAGAGAUUGACUUAUGAAUUUAAAGGUCAUUCUUUACUACAAGCAGCCAGAGAAGCAGACCUAGCCAAAGUUAAAAAAACACUCGCUUUGGAAAUCAUUAAUUUCAAACAACCACAGUCUCAUGAAACUGCGCUGCACUGUGCUGUGGCCUCCCUGCAUCCCAAACGAAAGCAAGUGACAGAACUAUUACUUAGAAAAGGAGCAAAUGUUAAUGAAAAGAAUAAAGAUUUCAUGACUCCCCUGCAUGUUGCAGCAGAAAGAGCUCACAAUGACGUCAUGGAAGUUCUACAUAAGCAUGGAGCAAAGAUGAAUGCACUGGACACCCUUGGUCAGACUGCUUUGCAUAGAGCCGCGCUAGCAGGUCACCUGCAGACCUGCCGCCUCCUGCUGAGUUACGGCUCUGAUCCUUCUAUCAUCUCCUUACAAGGCUUUACAGCAGCACAGAUGGGGAACGAGGCCGUGCAGCAGAUUCUAAGUGAAAGUACACCUAUACGCACUUCUGAUGUUGACUAUCGACUCUUAGAGGCAUCUAAAGCUGGAGACUUGGAAACUGUGAAGCAACUUUGCAGCCCUCAAAAUGUGAAUUGCAGAGAUUUGGAGGGCCGGCAUUCUACACCCUUACACUUUGCAGCAGGCUAUAACCGCGUGUCUGUUGUGGAGUACCUUCUACACCAUGGUGCCGAUGUCCAUGCCAAAGACAAAGGUGGCUUGGUGCCCCUACAUAAUGCUUGUUCAUACGGACACUAUGAGGUAGCUGAGCUUUUAGUAAGGCAUGGGGCUUCUGUCAAUGUGGCGGACUUAUGGAAAUUUACCCCUCUGCAUGAAGCAGCAGCUAAAGGAAAAUACGAAAUCUGCAAGCUCCUUUUAAAACAUGGAGCAGAUCCAACCAAAAAGAACAGAGAUGGAAAUACACCAUUAGAUCUGGUAAAAGAGGGAGACACAGAUAUCCAGGACUUGCUGAGAGGAGAUGCUGCCUUGCUGGAUGCUGCCAAGAAAGGUUGCCUGGCAAGAGUGCAGAAGCUCUGUACCCCAGAGAAUAUCAACUGCAGAGACACCCAGGGCAGAAACUCAACCCCUCUGCACCUGGCAGCAGGCUACAAUAACCUGGAAGUAGCGGAAUAUCUUCUAGAACAUGGAGCAGACGUUAAUGCCCAGGACAAAGGUGGUUUAAUUCCUCUUCAUAAUGCAGCAUCCUAUGGGCACGUGGAUAUAGCAGCAUUAUUGAUAAAAUACAACACGUGUGUAAAUGCAACAGAUAAGUGGGCAUUUACUCCUCUUCAUGAAGCAGCCCAAAAAGGAAGGACACAGUUAUGUGCCCUACUCCUAGCACAUGGUGCGGAUCCAACUAUGAAGAACCAAGAAGGUCAGACACCUUUAGAUCUGGCAACAGCUGAUGACAUCAGAGCUUUGCUGAUAGAUGCCAUGCCCCCAGAGGCCUUACCUACCUGUUUUAAACCUCAAGCUACUGUAGUGAGUGCCUCUCUGAUCUCACCAGCAUCCACUCCCUCCUGCCUGUCCGCUGCCAGCAGCAUCGAUAACCUCACAGGCCCCUUAGCAGAACUGGCCGUAGGAGGAGCAUCCAACACAGGGGAUGGUGCCGCAGGCACAGAAAGGAAGGAAGGAGAAGUUGCGGGUCUUGACAUGAAUAUCAGCCAAUUCCUGAAAAGCCUUGGUCUUGAGCACCUUCGGGACAUCUUUGAAACGGAACAAAUUACACUAGAUGUACUAGCUGAUAUGGGCCAUGAGGAGUUGAAAGAAAUAGGCAUCAAUGCAUAUGGACAUCGCCAUAAAUUAAUCAAAGGAGUAGAAAGACUAUUAGGUGGACAACAAGGUACCAAUCCUUAUUUGACUUUUCACUGUGUUAAUCAGGGAACUAUUUUGCUGGAUCUUGCUCCAGAAGAUAAGGAAUAUCAGUCAGUAGAAGAAGAGAUGCAAAGUACAAUUCGAGAACACAGAGAUGGUGGUAAUGCGGGUGGCAUCUUCAACAGAUACAAUGUCAUUCGAAUUCAAAAAGUUGUCAACAAGAAGUUGAGGGAACGAUUCUGCCACAGACAAAAGGAAGUGUCUGAGGAGAAUCACAACCAUCACAACGAACGCAUGUUAUUUCACGGUUCUCCUUUCAUUAAUGCCAUUAUUCAUAAAGGGUUUGAUGAGCGACAUGCAUAUAUAGGAGGAAUGUUUGGUGCCGGGAUUUAUUUUGCUGAAAAUUCCUCCAAAAGCAACCAAUAUGUUUAUGGGAUUGGAGGAGGAACAGGCUGCCCCACACAUAAAGAUCGGUCAUGUUACAUAUGUCACAGGCAAAUGCUUUUCUGUAGAGUGACCCUUGGAAAAUCCUUUCUGCAAUUCAGCACCAUGAAAAUGGCUCAUGCCCCUCCAGGACAUCACUCAGUGAUUGGGAGACCAAGUGUGAAUGGGCUGGCAUAUGCUGAAUAUGUCAUCUACAGAGGCGAGCAGGCAUACCCGGAGUAUCUCAUCACAUACCAGAUCAUGAAGCCAGAAGCUCCGGCACAAACCGCCACAGCCGCCGAGCAGAAGACCUAGUGAAUGCCCACUGGUAAAGGCCACAUUGGAUUUCAACCUGGGACUGGAUUACAGUGGAUUGUUUCCAACAAAAUCAAUAUUCCGUCAAUCCCUGACAGCCUAGAAAGAAGCUGUCUAUCCUUUAUAAAGCAUUGCUAUAGUGAUGAAUAUAGUAUGAGUAACUGACACAUACUCACCUGCUACUGUUCUCUUUGAGGAAAUGUUUACAGGGGCGGCCUUUUACCAUAUCUCAGGCUCACUGCAUUGCAAGUGUCCAUUUCUAAAAUGAGAUUGCUUUGAUCUAGGCUUGGAAAUGGGAAAAAAAAAAAAAACGUAACUGAUACUUUCCCAGAUUUCACUCUUCACACUACAUUUGCUUUGUUAUAUACGGCACAUGUAUGUACGAGAUGUACACAUAUGAUAGGCUCAUUUUUAAUUUUUUUAAACAUGCAUCAUCGUCUUUUUUCUUUUUCCUUUUCUUUUUUUUUUUGUUUUGUUUGUUUGUUGGUUUACUUUGAAAAUGAGCCAGAGCCUUCUUGAGGAUAUUUUGCACAAAGUCACACUGACUAAAAUCAUUAGCGAUUCAACCCAAGCUUCUGGCUGAGCAAGACUUAGUUUCCCCUUUUUUUCACUUGGAUUUCUUUUGUAUCCGUACUUCUCAUUGUAAAUCGGGAUGGGAAGGAAGAACAUCACGUUUUAGUUUCCUUUUAUGAAUCGGCCAGUCUUACCAGGGAGAGGCACAGAGGUCAGUCUGACAGAGGAGCUCCCAGGUUCAGAGAAGUCAAAGCCGCUGAGGGCCCCUGGCUCUUCCUGAUGGAUCACAGCCUGCGCCGGAGGCAUGCAGGACAUUGCCAGAGACCCAGAGACGCACAGCCAGGGAAAGGUCGGAGUGAUGUGUGGCCAAAACCACAGGGAGGGAGGGCUGUGGGGGAAGAGCUGUGCACCCCUACUACCGCUGCGGGAAAGGAUGGCAGGGCCUGCUCACAGAGUACUUCUCUUCACUGCAUCCCUACCAACGGGUAGUCGCCCCCAACAUUAGCUGCCUUAUUGCCAAAUUCAGUGGAAUUAUUGUUCUUCAUUAGAGUCACCAAAAUCUUUAUUGUUUCUCCAGAUUAGAAAGCUAGGAUUCAGACACUCUUUAGUAAGUAGGUAUGCAAGAACUUUUGCGUUUCCUCCAGAUUUGGGGCUUAUUUUGAGUGAGGUGCUUCAAAUAGUUUCUGUAGGUCCCGGCGCUACAUUUGCAAACCAUCUCUUCAAACUUCUUAACAGACAAGGAGAACAGAAACUGAAACCAAAGCUCUUUCGGUUAUUUUUGUAAAGGAAGGUGGAGAAAUACUAUAUGUUUCUUCAGGAAAUUGCUACUUUGUGUGAUUUAAUCAACAUUUGCCCAGUGCACAUUGACACUUGUAAGGGAUUAUCCAUUACAGAUCUUACACUUGCCCUUUGCACCUUAACUGAACAGCGAAUCGACUGCAUUAAUUUAUUUGACAUGCUGUGGCAUCUACUCAGCUUUGAAACAAAAAUAACAUACAUGUAUGUGGCUAAAAAAAAAAAAAAAAAGGAAAACCAGUGUGACAUAAACUUGCCAUUUCAACUUAAAGUUCCGAAAACUAAUUUGUGUUUUAAUGCAGGCUCAUUAAGCUGUGACCUCAUUUAAUCUCCUAAAGGAAAAUAAAAUGGUGACAUGCAAAAAUUCUAGAAUAGGCUCUUAAAAUAUACAUUUAGCUUUCUUUCUGGCUUGAAUCCAACACUAGAACUAGGCAUUGGGAACUAGUGUGAGUUUUGUAGCAGAAUCUUGCAUGGGUCCUCAACGUGAAAUCAAGAAUUAGCCUCAAUGGUUGCUUCUAUUGAAGUUUUAGUGACCCAAGCUGGGUGUUGUGUCUUGACUACUUGUCUAAUAGCACUAGAAUCCCAUAUGAAGCUUCCAAGUUUCAUCUUUAUUAAGAGGGCUUUUUCCCCCCUCUCCUUUUUUUUUUUUUGCUGUGCAUAACAAUGGGAUGAAGAAAUGGCAUCUGUAUAGUUUCCAGUAGCUGUGAAAGUGUAUAUUACUUGCCUCCCCACUUAGAUAGAGUUUAAAAUGGUAAACACAGCUGUGAUUUUUAGUUCAGUAAGAAGGUGAAUAUGGUAUAGAUAUCAAAGCUUCAUAGCUUUAUUAAAAAGAUAAGCCACUAUUCGACUGUGGUCAUAUGUCGUUUCCAUCACACUAACUAGAUUAAUGGAUGUUUUAAACUUCAGCCUUACACUUGAGAAGUCAAACUGUGGUUCAGUAUUUAAACUGCCAAUGUUAUGUAUCUGAUGUUCUGUGUGCCGAGUAAAGGUACUGUGUAAGGAAGACAUUUGCAGUGCUUCUUGUCUUGUAAUGAUUCAAGUGUAUAGUAGUUAUUGAAAGAAUGUGUAUAUAUUACUCAUCUGCUAAAGAGAAUGGGUUAAUUGAUAUUUCACAGGAGCCAAAUACAUUUUUUCAAAACUUGAAAACCAAAGGUCAUCAUGAGUGCCCGCAAGUUAGCAAAAGUUAAUUACAUUUGGAACUUCCGUCUGUAGCAGCGUGAAAAACCCUUUGGAAUAUAAAAGCAUGAUGUUAACUUAGGCCAAAAUCCACUUAGUGUCUUGUAUAUGUGCUGUAUAGGAACACUAGCAAGAUGAGGAAUUCCGAUAUGGCCUCCCCUGAGAUGGCCCAUGUGUUUCCCAAACCAAAUGGAAGAGAGAAUCUGGACACCUCCACCAGCUUUACUGCAGUUCUAAAAUCAAACCUAGACCUGAUGGUUCCAGCUUACAGGGUAUUGCCAGCUGAGUUCUUGACUCGUAAAUUAAAUGCUCUGGACUGGACACUUUGUCCUUGUACUUGGCCUCCUUCCCUUUUCCCCAGGUUGCUAGUCUGGAAUUAUAAUUAGCUCCAGUAGUUACCUAGGACCCCAUUCAUUUUCUUCCUUUCUUCAUCUUGAGUCUUGCAAAAGGAGACUGUAGUUCUGUUUCCAUAUCACAACCAGACCGGCUAGUAGGUCCUAUGUGCUCUGCUCCGCAGGUUCUGCCAAUGUGUUAACAAACGACAGCAUGGGAACCAGAAUUUUACUUCUAUGCAAAAUAAUAGCAGUACAACCAGGAUUCUUACUUACCUUUUCCUUCUUGGACUUUUUAGCUUUCCAGUAACAUAAGUAGAAUAAAUAAUAUUCGGAUGUUUUCAUGACAGCAUCCUUGUGCUCCUUGACCCUGAUGUCAGCAGCUAGACUAAUUUCCCUUUGCUCUCAAAAUAGCAAAGUGCGUUGAUAUAUACAGAGAAUUGCCUGAAUAUGGCAAAUAAAGUAAUAUAGAUUAAUAUUCUAUUAUUAUAGUCUUUAUACAAAAAAUAACACUUUGGUGUGUGCUCGAAGAGCAGUAGAAUGCAAUAAGUCGCCUAGGUUUUUCUUUAUUUCAGUGCAUCUGCCAACUGCACAAGGGUUAUUGGCCAUUGCUCACUCUCCCUUUCUAAACACGUGCGCUCUUUAGAUUCCCGCAGACAGCCUUGCAAUCAGAAAUGGUGUGUUUCCAAGCACCUUGCCUCCAUGGCGGCCGGAGCCCACUUGUAUGAUAAUGUGUGAUCAGCAGCCUGCUUGCUGUGAUUUUUGUUGGGCAGUUAUCUUCCACAGAGCCAUAGACUGUAGUCGUUCAGGGAACACUCAAACUGACAUAAAGGUAGGAUUUCGUGUGUCAGAAAUUCACUGGAAAGAUGAAACUUAAACUUGACCAAUGUCAAAUCAGGGACAGAAAAAUGAAAAGAAGGCAGAUUGUGAAGAUAAUAUUUGAGCUUUGGUUGGACGCUUUUAGCAUAUGACUAGGAAAUGCUUUUUUAAAAAACCAUCCUAAAAAGUAAGGCGUCUCCAGAUACCUUGUGCAUUCUGAAAUUAAUAGACAAUUAAAUGUUUCUUAAGAAAGCCUUAACUAUGGCAGAAACUUUUUAACCUUUUAUAGCCUAAUAAAGAAAAAGUUGUAAUUCCAUUUCUUAGUGUUUGAAAGGUGUCAGUGAGCCGGGUACGUCUCCAUGUAUGUCACACCCGUUAAGCUGAUUUGAUGAGGGUAUAUUUCAUAAGUCAUGCUCCCUUUACAUGCCAAGGAGCGGAUCUAAUCAAUCUCUCCCGAUUUCUCUAUGUCUGAAAUUCCUCAGCUGCCAGAUAUUCUGGUUUAAAGAAAUGCUAGCAAGAUUUCAAAACUUAGUCAGUGUUGUGUGUGGGGGGACACAGCAGCAUCUCAUGAAGAUACCAUGUGGGAUCUCAGUGUUGCCCAUGCUGUUUUUUAAUCAUUUUAAAUUAUAAGCCAUGGUUAUGAGUGAAGGGCAGUAGGAAGCUCCGGAUUGUAUACCCUGUAAGACCAAAUCCGCUCAUGGUGUGACCAGUUUUACACAUCUGCCAGUGGGGGGGUCCUGCCUCCUUUGAAAUAAUAGUCACACCGCACGGAUGAUUGCAUCUGGACUCCCUUCAUUCACAUUUUCUAUUCUGCUUUACACUUUCACACCCACCCUACUACUCAUCUUCUCAAACAGAUUUCUAAUGCUCCACAAUUCAGAUUGUUUUGCUACUUUUUGUCUGUCUCCGCAUUUCUGCAGGCUGCCCUGAAAGCCCUUUGUUGAUUCAGAGUGUUUGCAAAGAAAUGCAGUUAAACUCUGGUAGUGGGUGUCUCACACACACUCCCAUACCCCUCCCCAAGGUUCAGGAUGAGAAGCUAGAAAACACAAUAGUACAAAUGGAACCAAAAUGUUUGAGGCCAAUAGCCUAGACCUAGAAGAUGACCUUGACCCUAUAACCAUUGUAUUCAUUACACAAAAUAUUUAAACUCUUCAUGUGCAUAUAAUACCUGCUUCUGCUUCCAUUGUUUCAAGCUCACUGGUCUUUGUGGUAGUUGUAUUUGUCUUUGAUAGCUACAAACUAAAAAGGUACUUUUAUCAACAAGGUUUCUCAAAAACAUUUACCAAACCAGCUUUGAGGAAAUCUAGAAUGUUUCCUGGCAACAGCAUUUGGAGUGGUAAUCGUAUUUUCCCAUUGUGAUGUUGCUCUGUGUAAGUAACCAUCGUAGUGAUUCCAUUAUCAGUGUUGUUUUUAUUUUUAGUCUCUGUGUGACCCACCAGUGGCAGGGGGUUCCAAUCCCCUCUCUUUGCUUUUAUGCAUUUGUCUGUUUGUAGGAUUGCCAGAUAAAAUACAAGACACCCAGUUACAUUUGAAUUUUAGGUAAAUAAUUUUUUAGCUUAAGUAGGUUUCAUGCAUUAUUUGGCAUAUAUUUACGGUAAAAAAAAAAGUUAUUAUUUAUCUAAAAUUCAAAUUUAACUGAGCAUCCUGGCCUUUUGCUUUGUUCUGUUUUCCUAAAUCUGGCAACCCUGUCAGUUUGGUCAUGGGAAAUCGCUCACAGCAUGUAAAUCCUUGUAGUCUUCACUGUCUUUCACGUGGAAUGGAAGACCUUUUUUCCCUCGCCCUCUGCUUUCUAAAAGAGGGCAUCAAGGAACUUCACCUGCCUGCAUGGUGGGUUUCUAUUUAAGACAUCUUUAUGAUUAUAUUUAACCUGUAAUUGUGCUUUGGCUAAAUGUCUAACAGUACUUGUAACUGUUUAAUAUUCAAUAAAAACAUUUUUAAAGUA